GUGAGGAUUGACGUUUCAAGUUCUACGACGGGUCUUUUGAAAUUUCAAACAGCUGAGUGUAAAAUCGCAUGGCUUUCUGAAGAUUUAAAUAAGAAUAAAACACAAUUACAUGUCUGUUUGAAUUUAAAAAAUUCAAUAUGGCAAAUCUGGACAGAAAGGGUACUUUUAAAGUAGAAUAUUUACAAGAAAUUGAGAGAAAGGUGCAAGAACAGUGGGAAAAUGAGAAAAUAUUUGAAGUUGAAGUUCCAAAGGAUGAAAGUCAAGAAAAAUUUCUUUGUACUUUCCCAUAUCCCUACAUGAAUGGGCGACUACAUCUUGGUCAUACCUUUUCCUUAUCUAAAUGUGAGUUUGCAGCGAGGUAUUAUCGCCUAAAAGGCAAAGCAGUAUUAUUCCCAUUUGGAUUCCAUUGUACUGGUAUGCCUAUAAAAGCAUGUGCUGACAAGUUAAAAAGAGAGAUGGCUCUGUAUGGAUGCCCUCCAGAGUUCCCAGAAGAUGAAGAAGUUGUGAAAGUAGAAGAGGAUGUAGUGCCCAAGGAUAAAAGUAAAGGCAAGAAAAGUAAGGCGGUUGCUAAGGCUGGCUCGGCUAAAUACCAAUGGCAGAUUAUGCAGAGCCUCGGCAUCCCAGAGGAAGAGAUUAAAGAGUUUGCUAAUGAAGAACAUUGGCUUGAAUAUUUCCCACCAAGAGCUGUUGCUGAUUUGAAGAGAAUGGGACUUCAUGUUGACUGGCGGCGGAAGUUCAUAACAACUGAUAUUAAUCCGUUUUACGAUUCCUUUGUAAGAUGGCAAUUUAAUCAUCUCAAAAAUCGUAAUAAAAUCAUGUUUGGUAAACGGUACACAAUUUACUCACCGUUGGACAAACAGCCUUGUAUGGACCACGAUAGAAGCACUGGUGAGGGGGCUGGACCUCAGGAAUAUACUCUUAUCAUGAUGAAAGUACUAGAACCCCUGCCGGAAGUUCUGAAAUGUUUUGCCGGGAAGCCGGUAAGUUUCGUCACAGCAACUCUGCGACCUGAAACAAUGUACGGUCAGACUAACUGCUGGAUUCAUCCGGAUAUUAAGUACAUAGCUUUUGAGACUGUCAAUAAUGGUAUUUUCAUUUGCACCAAACGUGCCGCAAGAAAUAUGUCCUAUCAAGGAUUUACAAAGAAUGAUGGUGAAUUUGUAAUACUUAAAGAAAUUGUAGGGCAAGAUCUUUUAGGAGUAGCAUUAAAAGCACCUUUUACAAGUUACCCAAAGAUCUAUUCUCUACCAAUGUUGACCAUUAAAGAAGAUAAAGGGACUGGUAUCGUUUCAAGUGUUCCUUCAGACUCGCCUGAUGAUUACGCAGCAUUAGUUGACUUACAGAAAAAACCUGCAUUUAGAGAAAAAUACGGAAUUAAAGAUGAAAUCGUUCUCUCUAUCAAACCUAUUCCUGUCCUAGAGGUGCCCGAAUUUGGAAACCUAUCAGCUGUACACUUAUACGAGAAACUAAAGAUUCAGAGUCAGAAUGAUAGAGAAAAGCUAACUCAAGCUAAAGAUAUGGUGUACUUGAAAGGAUUUUACGACGGCGUUCUGAUCGUGGGCGAUUAUAAGGGCAAGAAAAUCCAGGAAGUCAAAAAAGCUAUUCAGAAUCAAUUGGUUAAGGAAAAUGGGGCUGUUAUAUAUUACGAACCCGAGAAAAAUAUUAUAUCAAGGUCUGGUGAUGAGUGUGUUGUUGCUCUUUGUAAUCAGUGGUAUCUUGAUUAUGGCGAUGAGGGUUGGAAGGCACAAGCCGAGAAGGCGUUAGCUGCCAUGAACACCUUCCAUGAGGAGGUUAGAAGGAACUUAUCCGGAACUAUCAAGUGGCUUCAUGAAUACGCGUGCUCUAGAACUUAUGGCCUAGGUACAAAAUUGCCCUGGGACACUCAGUGGGUGAUAGAAUCUCUGUCUGAUUCAACAAUAUACAAUGCAUACUAUACAGUUGCACAUUUCCUGCAAGGAAACACUUUUAGAGGCAAUGUAGAGAAUGCUCUUAAAAUCAAACCUGAACAAAUGACACUCGAAGUUUGGGAUUACAUAUUUUUCAAAGAUGCGCCAUUCCCGAAAGAUACAAAGAUUCCUAAAGCAUCUUUAGACCUUAUGAAGAAAUCAUUUAACUAUUGGUAUCCAGUCGACAUGAGAACAUCAGGGAAGGACUUAAUCCAAAACCACUUAUCGUACUUUAUUUUCGUCCACUGCGCUAUUUGGCCGAACGAAGAGGACAAGUGGCCACAGGGAAUCCGUGCUAAUGGACAUCUGUUACUAAACUCCGCAAAAAUGUCAAAAUCCGAUGGAAACUUCCUAACAUUGUCGGAAUCUUUGGACAAAUUCAGUGCUGAUGGGAUGCGUUUGACGCUGGCUGAUGCUGGAGAUUCUAUAGAGGAUGCCAAUUUCGUUGAAAGUACGGCAGAUGCGGCUAUCCUAAGGCUGUAUACCUUUAUCGAAUGGGUUAAAGAAAUGAUGGCUACAGAGUCAACUUUAAGAACAGGUGAAUACAACUUCCAUGACAAAGUGUUCAUAAGCGAAAUGAACAUGAAGAUCAAACAGACAGACGAGAAUUACAGCAAAGUGUUGUUCAAGGAAGCUCUGAAGACGGGAUUCUUUGAACUACAAGCCGCACGUGAUAAGUAUAGGGAGUUAUGCUGGGAGCGCGGCAUGCACGCGGCGCUAGUGCGGCGCUACGUGGCGGUGCAGGCCGCGCUCGUGUCGCCCGUGUGCCCGCACGUCGCUGAGCACGUGUGGCAGCUGCUGGCCAAUAAAACAAGUAUUCUCCACGAGCGCUGGCCAGUGGCCGGUGAAAUCGAUGAAGUGGCGGUGAAAGCCAGCAACUACCUCAUGGAAGCGGCUCACUCUUUCCGCAUCUACCUCAAGAACCACUGCGCUGUGAAGAAACCCAAGAAGGGAGAAGCACCCAAACCUGAACCUAAACCCAAUAAAGCUGUUAUUUGGGUGGCUAAGGAGUAUCCCAAGUGGCAGCAUACUAUUAUUACUACGAUGAAAGAGUUGAAUGGGCCAUCAGGUCUCCCGGACAACAAGGUGAUAUCCAGCAAGUUGUCCCAAAUAACAUCUCUCCAACGCUACAUGAAGCGAGCUAUGCCGUUCGCGCAAACCGUUCGAGACGCGUACGAGCGUAUCGGCACAGAUGCGUUCUCGCUAGCACUGCCGUUCGAUGAGGCCGCGCUGUUAGAGGAAAAUAAGCACUAUCUCAUGAGCACUUUGGACCUCGAGUCAAUAGAAGUGAAGCACACAGACAGCACAGACGUGCCAGAGAAGACCCGCGAAGAGUGUGCUCCCGGAGCCGCACAUGUGUCCUUCUCAAGAAUUCCCGCAAUACGCCUCACUGCAAUCAGUCCGGCGGCGAAGUCGGGACUGUUUACAGCACACGUGGAUAUAAUGCAGGGGGAUAAUGUGGAGAAGGUUAAGGCGAAGCUGGCCAAGGAAGUCAAGGCGGUUAAGGAUCUCAACUCCCUAAAGUUAUGGCGUUACAUCGACCCCAUACUGGGCCCGCGUAAGAUCCCAAUUCCCGGCGACACAGAAACAAAAUGCGUACCCAUAGACAACGAUGCAGUACUGCGGGUAUUAGUGGACGAUAAACGGAUCGAACUCGUCGAUAAUGGCAAGAAUAUCGAUGUAGGAUUACAGAUUGUGUACACUUAUAUGUGAAAAUUGAAAUAUAUUUAUUUAUUUUGCAUUGAAAA